AUGGGCAUCUUUGGUGCUUCGAGCAUCUUGGGCAUUUCGGGCCUUGUUGGCAUCUCGAACUCGCGACCGGACUUGGCAGUUUUCAAUGGUCCGGCAGCGGCAGCACUUGCAGUGCCUGAGCCCAGCCGAGGGGCUGAUGGUGCGUGGGCGCAGUCUGGCGCAGCAAAGGUGCCAGAAGCAAGGCCUCGUGAGGUAGUGGAUAGCAAGAGUGGGGAGAGCGGCUGGAUACCAGGAUCCGCCCCGUCUGCCGCGCCGAGUGUGAUCACGGUGGAGCCUCCUGCGCUUCCAGAGUCCGAUGGAUGGGAGGCGGAGUUUUCCUGGGGUGUAUACUACAGCAAACGAGCCUGCAUGGCUGCAGAGUCGGCUGCUGGUCCGUGGGCUUCGGACUGGAAAGGCUCUCGUGCUGGGGUUCCGCGGCAGAUGCUCAGAGCAGAGGACCUGCUGGCGACAGCUGUUCAGGCAGCCCCACAGCAGCAUCAGCGUGUCAAGCUGGCAGAGCGGGCGCUGCGCCUUUACUACCAUGCGAAGUGGUUGGCAGAGCGCAACCACGCGACCGCUGCGGAAUGGCGCUACAGGGAGGCGAGUCACUUGGCCAGACAAACGCGUCGUAACGUCCUAGCCGCCCACGCGCUCGGCCGCCUAGGGUACUUCUUGAUCCACUGGCGCCGACUUACCGAAGCGAAGGAGGUCCUACAGGAAUCGCAAAGAAUCAGCUCGAAGUCGAACCCGUUGGCACCGUACUUGCUUGGUCUACUUGAACGGCAGGAUGCCGGAAAAGACACCGCACGCAUCCUCGCUGCAGAGGAGCUCAUCAUCAACGCAGGGGAGCAGCCAUCGUCGGAUCUCGAAGCAGAGAGGCAAAGGCUGAUGCAAGUGCCAGGAACUCAAGCACGAACUGUUUGUCAAGAAGAUUUUAGAAUGUGCUGGAUGCUGUUGGAGAAGUCUCUUGCUCUGUAUUACGGGAACUGUACGCAUUUGCAGCCGUCCCAACGUUGUCUCAGCUGUGAAAUGUUGCUCCGGCUGAGAAUGCCGUGGCUGCAGUUGUUGCUCCGGCCAUGGUCGUUGAGCCUACGAGCAUUGUCGCAACCACGAAUGCUGGCCCGAAGCUUGCGGGUACAGAUACAAGGCUUCGGCUUUGGAGCUACCGCAGACAACGGAGCCAGAACCAUCCUGAAUCCAAGCUGGCCAUGGUUCUGA